AUGAAACACCAAUCAAACUCAGAAGAAGAAUACAUAGCAAAUGUGUUAUCUGCUUUCCUUAAGAUUCGAUAAUAAGAAGAGAAAAAUAUCGCAAUACAACUGACUCAACUAUUGCAAUCAUACAAGUAGGAGGACAUAAAACAAUUAAAAAACCUUAAAGUGGAGCAACGAGAACUAGUAGGUCAGAUGAACUUAAACAUAAAAUAGGAACAGCAUAAAUCUAAUUCUAAUGAAAAUACCUAAUAACAACUUAAAGCUCUUAAGCCCUCCUACACUAAUAGUGAGAAAAAAGGAGACAAAUAUACAGAAUAUGGAAUCUUGGAGGAUGGGGCUUAUACUUGUUUAAAGUGUUAAAGCAAAAUCAAAAGAACUUAGGAUCUGCUCAAACACUGGACUGUAUAGCAUGGGAGGUAAGCUAUACCUAGGAGAAAACGAAACAUGAUAAAUGAGGAUACUUAAUGCAUCAAAAAGGUAUCGUAAGAGAAUCCUAAAUUAGAAGCCUGA